AGGGGUUUGCCGCCCCUACCCCCGACCCUCCCACUUCGCUCGCGCAGCUCCGAGGCUCGGAGCGGCGCAGUGCGGUGCCAGCGCGCUCGGCCGCAGAGGUCGGUGGCAGAGCCCAGCAACGCCAGCCUUCCGGCGGCCGCUCGCGCUGCUGGCUGCCAGCUGCCGGGGACCCUCAACGCAGACAGGAGCGCGCUUGCCUUUGGAGACCUUGGAGAGUCCCCUCUGCGUCUGCCGUCUGGGUAAUCGUCGGACCCACGGAUUGCACGCUUCUUGCUUCCACGUCUCUGCAGAAAGGCCAGGGCCGGCUGAGUACUUGUCCUUCUUGGAGGCUGAGAGAAACUGUGCUGAAAAUGGGCCCAAUAAAUGCAGAGGCUGAUGAGAACCAGACAGUGGAAGAAAUGAAGAUGGAGCCGUAUGGACCAGGGCAACCCACUCCUCGAGGUGAGCUGGCUCCUGACCCUGAGCCAGAGCUCAUAGACAGCACCAAGCUCAUUGAGGUUCAGGUUGUCCUCAUUCUGGCCUAUUGCUCCAUCAUCUUGCUAGGGGUCAUUGGCAACUCUUUAGUGAUCCAUGUGGUGAUUAAAUUCAAGAGCAUGCGCACAGUAACCAAUUUUUUCAUUGCUAAUCUGGCAGUGGCAGAUCUCCUGGUGAACACCCUGUGUCUUCCAUUCACUCUCACCUAUACAUUAAUGGGGGAGUGGAAAAUGGGUCCCGUCCUAUGCCACCUGGUGCCCUAUGCCCAGGGACUGGCAGUACAAGUGUCCACCAUCACCUUGACAGUCAUUGCCUUGGACCGUCACCGAUGCAUCGUUUACCACCUGGAGAGCAAGAUAUCCAAGCGCAUCAGUUUCCUGAUUAUCGGCCUGGCCUGGGGCAUCAGUGCCCUGCUGGCGAGUCCACUGGCUAUCUUUCGAGAGUACUCACUGAUUGAGAUUAUUCCAGACUUUGAGAUUGUGGCCUGUACUGAGAAGUGGCCGGGGGAGGAGAAGAGCAUCUACAGCACUAUCUACAGUCUUUCCUCCUUGUUGAUCCUGUAUGUUUUGCCGCUGGGCAUUAUAUCUUUUUCCUACACUCGCAUCUGGAGCAAACUGAAGAAUCAUAUCAGCCCUGGAACUGCUAGUGACCACUACCAUCAGCGAAGGCAGAAAACGACCAAAAUGUUGGUGUGUGUGGUGGUGGUGUUUGCGGUCAGCUGGCUGCCUCUCCACGCCUUCCAACUUGCUGUGGACAUUGACAGCCAGGUCCUGGACCUGAAGGAGUACAAACUCAUCUUCACAGUGUUCCACAUCAUUGCCAUGUGCUCCACCUUCGCCAACCCUCUUCUCUACGGCUGGAUGAACAGCAACUACAGAAAGGCGUUCCUCUCUGCCUUCCGCUGUGAGCAGAGGAUGGAUGCCAUCCACUCAGAGGUGUCUGUGACAUUCAAGGCUAAAAAGAACCUGGAAGUCAAAAAGAACAAUGGCCCCCAUGACUCUUUCACAGAGGCUACCAACGUCUAAGGAACCUGGGGUGAAAAUAUGCAGAUGGUUCUGACCAACGCUAUAUGCAUGGUUGAUGAAGUCUCGCAGGUGCAUCCUGAUUUCCCAUUUUAAGGAAGAAAAAAGUAUAUAUGAAUAGAAACAUCUGCAGUGUAAUUCCUGGAGAACAGUGGGCAGAGUGUAGGUGGAAAGACUUUGUAUUCACAGAUAGGGCAACAGAGUGGUUUAACCACAAUUGCUGGAAUGCUCGGUUGAAUUAUGAGUAAAAGCACAGAGAAAUACAUGUGACUAUUUCUCACAUUGAAGGAAACUGGAACAAGCAAUUGACAUUAUCAGCAUUGUCUAAAGGUGUUGUUAAAGUGGUUGACUCUCGAAUCACACUGGGACCUGGGUUUGGGAUGCUGGGUAAUCAAGGCUGUCCCUCCUCUAAUGAAAAUGCUGCUGAAUGGAAGUUUGUGUAGGAAACCACGGGAUCACCUUGAGUGUAUUUUGGUUUUAUUGUUCCUUCUAUAGAGAGAGUUAAUCAGCGAAUGCUGUACGCAAACAUUUCAGGCAAACUGUUUGAAUGCCUUCCAGGAAAUAAACUGGAAAUUUGCUGUACUCGUAUAAAUUAAUAUAUUGGCUAGUGAUGGGAGAAAUCCUGAAUUUUCAGUGAGCCACUUGUUCUUAAAGCCAAAUGCAUGUUUGGUGAGAAUGUUCAACUCAGAGUGAAAGAAUAAAAUCCUCAGAAUUAUAAGAAAUGUAAACAAUCA